GGCAUGGCCGGAACAGUGCCCAGGCCCCGCCCCUUCCGGUCAGUGAGCCGGCCAUCGCGGCCGGAGGGGCGGGGCCCGGGCCGGGGCCGUUCUCAGUCCCAGUCCCGGUCACAUCAUUAACUCAUUCAGGGGGAGGCCCGAGGCUUUAACCCGGAGAAUGGGAACCUGAUCCAGUGCAGAGACACUGCAAGAACUGAGUGAUUUGGAGCUGGGCUUCAUCACCAUGUGUGGAAGUGGAUCCACUGUCCAUGAUGGUCACAGGGUUUGUAACUGUGAUUCAUGGCAUCUUUUAAAACUGAGAAAAACUGGACUGAUCUACAGGAAAGUUUGAAUCGUGUUCGACAGCAGCUCGGUCUGAUUCCGCGGGCAGAAUGGGAUAACUUUGUGCCUCGUGAACCUCCACUUCGUGUCUGUUUAACCAGUCAGUGUGACAGAUGGGUGCUGCACUCCCCAUCAAACCUGCCCGGGCUCCACACCAACGUCAGACGGGUUCCCCAGCUAGAGGCUCCCCGACUGUUCACUGGAAAGACCAAUGGCAACAGAAAAGAAGUUCUGAGGAAGCAGCCACUUGGUAAACAUCAACGUUCCAGUGUUCCGGAUGCUGCCAUGAUUCUCUCCUCUGAUCUCCCACUGGAGAACCGCUGCUCAAUGAGACAACAAGUACAUGAAAGCAGCAAGAAGGGGUCACCAGGAACUGGGGGCCACAGCUCAGGACUUCAGCGGGAACAUGCAGCAUUUAGUUUCUUCAAGGAAAGCCAGUCGUUUGCCUGGAACUUUGUUGAUUGGUUCAUUUUGGAGAUGCUUGAAGAUGAGUUGGUGCCUGAUACCUUGAUGGAAGUGCUGUCCCAUGAUGUUACUAAGUGUGCUCCUGCAUACUCACCAGCUGGGAAGAAUUUCGAUAUCAAGGGGAAGCUACUGGAGACUGUGAAACUGGACGUAUUGAAGCAGCUGCCAGCUGUGACAAUAUUAGACACACUCCUGGAGGAAGCUGUCAGUGAGGUGACUGUGGGAUUGAUCCAAAAAGUUGUUGAAGAACUUGUUGAGAAUCACCUGACCAACACAGCUAUUAAUGAUUCUCUGACAGAGCUCAUAGUGGAGACGGUUGAGCCAAUGGUGCCACAGCUUGUGAAAGAGACUGUAAAUGAAACAUUGCUGGAGGGAAUCCUGCAGGAAGACAUCCUGCCGGAGGUACUGGAUGAGGAAAUGAGGAAUGUUGCAGUGUUACUGCUGAGUGAAUAUGACACUGAAACACAUGAAGAGCAACAGCAGGCUGUGAGCACAAAUGCUGACCAGAGACUCCUUGAUAUGUUCCUCUUGGAGGGUCUUUUGAAGAUUCUCAGGAACCAGGGGAGAGAAUUGUCUGAAAUGAUUGAGCUGGACAGGCUAUUAGACGGUUGGAUGCUUGAUGUCCUUAUCAGGCAAUAUCUGAACAUUACCCAACACUGUUGUUUAAUUACUGACAAUGUGGCGCUGAAGGAUUACCACAGAAAGGCUUUCACUGACGUGGUGCUGGAUGUGAUCUUGUCAGAGCUGAGUGAACACGUGGAUGAAGACCUGGCCGAUCUCUUCCAGUACGAACAGCAAAUGGAGGAGAGAAACUUAAUCGCAGACAGUGGUUAUCAGGGGGUCUGAGAUCGAGGGGUGUCCGAGAUGGGGUGGUGGUGUUAUUGGGGUGUCUGACACAAGGGCAGUAGUGUGUGGGUCUACAGUUUUAAAUCAUUAUAUUUUUGCAAUUUAUCUUUUGAACUUUAUGUAAACAAGAAGUCUCACUUCGUAAACAUUGAUUUAACCCAAAAGUGGCUGUGAUUUGAUGUCAAACUAGUUAAUUAUGUAGAUAUAUUUUAUAGCUAUGAAUUUUUUUUAGCUUGUUUCUAAUGAUUUCAAACAUAGCUGAUAUUUUAACUUGGUAUUUUCCCCUCUGCCCCAAUGUUUACAUAAGAAUUAUUUUGGCAUUGUUUAAACAGAGGAGUUGACCUAACUGUAUUGAUCCUAUUACCCUUGUCCUGCAUGCUGGAGAAUAACUAGCCUUCCAUGGUGUGGCCAGUGAACUAGAGUUUGACUUGAUAAGCAGGGUACAGGUGGGAGACAUUAUCAUGGAUUGGUCAACAAACUGAUACAGGUUUUGGUAAGUCUGCGAGAGAUAACACUCCUGCUUUGAUCAGAUCUUCUGUUUCAAGAAACUCUUACGGACAUCUUGAACUUGGACGAAGCCAGAAAUUUGGCAAACGACUGCCGCAGCCGGAUUGUAGGAGGGAAGUGUCUGCCCAGAGAAUCCAGCCCCAAGAACUGUUCUGUGGGGACUUGGUCUAAUCUUUUCCAAAAGUUGUUUUAUUAUUUUAGACACUUGACUUGGACAGACUAAUUUAGGGUUCUUUUUACCAUUUUGGAUCAUGUUUAGACUGGUUUGGGAUUCACAGAUUCCUACAGCGCCCUUCAACCCGUUAAGUCUGCAACAACAUAAUAACCACUAAAAGUAUGCUAAUCCCUAUUUCCUGCAUGUGUUCCUUAUCUUUGAAUGUGAUGAUACUUGAAGUACUCAUCUAAUUUUUUUUAAAAAAGGUUGUAAGAUUUCCAGCCUCCACUCCCUCCCCAGGCAGUGCAUUCCAGAUUCCCACACCUACCGAGUGAAAAUGGUUUCUUCUCAAAUCCUCUCUCUAUCUGUUACACAUUACCCUAAAACUAUGCCCUUUCAUCUUGAUGCCUCAACCCAGGGGAACAGCUGAUGUCUCUUCAGUCUGUCCAAAACCCUCAUAACAUUAUUUGAAUCAUGUCCCCCCUCAGCCUUCUCUGCUCUAGAGAAAACAAACCAACCCUUUGUAGUCUCUCUUUGUAGUCUCAGUUUCUCCAUCCCUGGCAACGUCCUGGUGAACCUCCUGUACGCCCCCCACCCCACCCCCACCAGUGCUAGCCUUCCUACAUUGAGAUUUAAUGUUUGUGCUAUGACAAAGUUGCAUUUCUUACUUUCUACAAGGUCUUCUGUUUCCUUUAAAUUAUCUUCCUUUUGUAAUAAUUUAGCAUUUAACAUUUCACUCUUGUUGUAACAUUGUAUCCAAUAAAAUGGUUGUACUAACA